AGUCAGUUGGACGCGGCGGCUCCUUCAGCAAGGACGCACAGCUCACACAAUCCCUUCGAAGGACAUCAGCAGCCGACAAAUCGAACGACCUGCCACAACAUUCCAAUCCAUUCCGAUACAAUCCAAUCCAGACUUUGAAGUCCUGUAAAGCGUUUUACAUUCAGCUUACAUAAAUGCUAGAGCGCUGUAAAAAUCGGCGCUAGAAACGCCAAUUAGCCAGACAUGUUAGCCAUGUUUUAGUCGGUCCUUUCGCGCUUGACUUGUUUUGCAACUGUGUGCGUACGUUUGUGUGCGAGUGCCGCCCGAUUUUGUUUGUCCUUUUUUUUUCUGUUGGUGUCUCACCGAGUGCCGUUUUAAGCCAAGAUACUAGAGACAUACUAGCGACUAGCUAAUACAUAUUAACUUGUUGUGCCAGCGUUUUGUGUGUGCCAGUCAGCCUCUGAGUGCAUUUUCAUUAAAGUCAACAAGUUGCAGCCGCAUAAGGUCAAAUUAAAGCAGCCAGAGCCAAAAUGAUGGCGACGUCACAGGAUUAUUUCGGCAAUCCGUACGCCCUUUUCCGCGGACCGCCCACAACUCUGCGACCGCGCGAGUCGCCGCUCGGCGUGGGCCACCCCCACGGCCAUGGGCACAUGCACAGCCACGCCCACGCCCACGGGCACGGCCACGCCCACUCGCACUACGCGGCCUUGGACUUGCAGACGCCGCACAAGCGGAACAUCGAAACGGAUGUGCGGGCACCGCCGCCGCCAUUGCCGCCGCCACCGCUUCCGCUUCCGCCCUCAUCCCCUAGGUACAACACUGACCAAGGAGCGAUGGACCAGCAAUUCUGCUUGCGCUGGAACAAUCAUCCCACAAAUCUGACCGGCGUGCUCACCUCACUGCUGCAGCGGGAGGCGCUAUGCGACGUCACGCUCGCCUGCGAGGGAGAAACAGUCAAGGCUCACCAGACCAUCCUGUCAGCCUGCAGUCCGUACUUCGAGACGAUUUUCCUACAGAACCAGCAUCCACAUCCCAUCAUCUACUUGAAAGAUGUCAGAUACUCAGAGAUGCGAUCUCUGCUCGACUUCAUGUACAAGGGCGAGGUCAACGUGGGUCAGAGUUCGCUGCCCAUGUUUCUCAAGACGGCCGAGAGCCUGCAGGUGCGUGGUCUCACAGAUAACAACAAUCUGAACUACCGCUCCGAUUGCGACAAGCUGCGCGACUCGGCGGCCAGUUCGCCGACCGGACGUGGGCCGAGUAAUUACACCGGCGGCCUGGGCGGCGCUGGGGGCGUGGCCGAUGCGAUGCGCGACUCCCGCGACUCCCUGCGCUCCCGCUGCGAACGGGAUCUGCGCGACGAGCUGACGCAGCGCAGCAGCAGCAGCAUGAGCGAACGCAGCUCGGCGGCGGCAGCGGCGGCGGCGGCAGCAGCGGCGGUAGCGGCCGCCGGCGGCAAUGUCAAUGCGGCUGCCGUCGCCCUGGGCCUGACCACGCCCACCGGCGGCGAACGAUCUCCGAGCGUGGGCAGCGCCAGUGCAGCGGCGGCGGCCGCGGCUGUAGCGGCUGCUGUGGCAGCGGCUGCCAAUCGAAGUGCCAGCGCCGACGGAUGCAGCGAUCGGGGAAGCGAGCGCGGUACGCUCGAGCGGACGGAUAGUCGCGAUGAUCUGUUGCAGCUGGAUUACAGCAACAAGGAUAACAACAAUAGCAACAGCAGUAGUACCGGCAACAACAACAACAAUAAUAACAACAAUAGCAGCAGCAAUAACAACAACAGCAGCAAUAGGGAGCGCAACAACAGCGGAGAACGUGAGCGGGAGCGGGAAAGAGAGCGUGAGCGUGAGCGAGACAGGGACAGGGAGCUAUCCACCACGCCGGUGGAGCAGCUGAGUAGUAGUAAGCGCAGACGUAAGAACUCAUCAUCCAACUGUGAUAACUCGCUGUCCUCGAGCCACCAGGACAGGCACUACCCGCAGGACUCUCAGGCCAACUUCAAGUCGAGUCCCGUGCCCAAAACAGGCGGCAGCACAUCGGAAUCGGAGGACGCCGGCGGUCGCCACGACUCGCCGCUCUCGAUGACCACCAGCGUCCAUCUGGGCGGCGGUGGGGGCAAUGUGGGCGCGGCCAGCGCCCUGAGCGGUCUGAGCCAGUCGCUGAGCAUCAAGCAGGAGCUGAUGGAUGCCCAGCAGCAGCAGCAGCAGCAGCAUCGGGAACACCACGUGGCCCUGCCGCCCGAUUACUUGCCGAGCGCCGCUCUAAAGCUGCACGCGGAGGAUAUGUCAACGCUGCUCACGCAGCAUGCUUUGCAAGCAGCAGAUGCGCGGGACGAGCACAACGACGCCAAGCAGCUGCAGCUGGACCAGACGGACAAUAUCGACGGCACCAGCGCCCGCCACCACCUGUCGACCCCCCUGUCGACCUCGUCGUCGGCCUCGCCCCCGCCGCCCCCUUUCGGGAUGCACCUGUCGGCGGCCCUGAAACGCGAGUACCAUCCUCUGCACUACAUCGCCGCCGGCAACGGGCACAACGGUCCCUCGGCGCUUGGUUAUGGCAAUCAGGGAUCGGGCAAUGCGCAGAACAGUGCCGGAGGAGCAGGAUCGGUAGCGGGCGGAGCGGGAGGAGUGGGAGCCGGCGGAGGAGCCGGCGGAGCAACUGGAGCAGCAGGCCAUAACUCACAUCACACCAUGUCGUACCACAACAUGUUCACGCCGUCCCGCGAUCCGGGCACCAUGUGGCGGUGCCGCUCCUGCGGCAAGGAGGUGACCAACCGCUGGCACCACUUUCACUCCCACACCGCCCAGCGGUCCAUGUGUCCCUACUGCCCGGCCACCUACAGCAGGAUCGAUACGCUGCGCUCCCAUCUGCGGGUCAAGCAUCCGGACCGCCUGCUCAAGCUGAACUCGUCCAUUUAAGGGCGUGGCCGGGGCCCAAGUGCAGCCCAUCACCGCCAGCUUUACCAGCAGCAGCAACAGCCGCAUCAUAAGCAGAAGCAGCAGCAGCAGCAUCAACAGCAGCAUCAACAGCAGCAUCAGCAGCAUCAGCCGCAGCAUCACCCGCAUCAGCAGCAACAGCAACCAGCUUACUACAUCAGCAACUAUAGCAACUACAGCAAUAGAUACAGCUACAGCGAUAGUUUAUUGUAAAUCGCUGCAGUUUUAGGUGGAUUUUUCUUGCAUUUAGUCGUCGUCUGUACAUUACCCACUAGCUAUCCAAGCAAUAACCAUAACCCAAACUAGUAGAACCGAAGAUGCUAUGGCAAAACGCGUAAAACACAAGUAUAUUGAUAAUCUUAACUAAACUUAUUGGUAAACUUUGACACAAUCGUCCCAUCAAUUUAUAAAUGUGUAUAACUAAGGCAGAUUAGGAAAAGGUUUCAGUUGCGAGUCAAGGAGAAGGAUAUACCCUGUAUAGAGGGGCAGCGAAGGCGGAAAAGUUUUCCACAGCCACAACAAACCGUUUCGAAGGUUUCUAAAUGUUGUUUCCUAAAACUAUAAUGUAAUAACUACACUAAUAAUAGAGACAGAAAGUCAAGGAGAAUCGUUUUGAGCUGAUUCAUGAUUCGCUGACUCGGUCAGCAGAUCGGGGUCACGACCCCAUCACGCCGGGUCACCAGCAGGAGGAGGAGGAUGCGGAUGAAGAUAAGGAUGAGCAUGAGGAUCAGCCACCACAGCAACAGUCACCCACAAAUACUACUCAUACGAAGGUCACAUUAGGUUUUAGUUAACUUUACUGUUUAAUGUUUAGAUCGUAGUGUUAACCGAUAUGUUCUGCAGAGUAGGCAACGGAUGAGGGCUACUCAACCAACUACAAAGAAAUUUUCAUAUACCUCAAAUGCAUUUCAGUUUUAUUGUUGAUUGCUUAAUUUUAGUCUACGUAGACCAUUAGCACUUAUAUAGUACAUAAAGUACCACAUAUAUGUUUACCAAUGUUUCCCUCUGUUUUUUGUGUUCUCUAUCACACUUUUGAUUUUGUCCUACGCGUUAAGUGGAAGAUUUUAGGAUUAGCUCGAACCACUUGAACCACCUCACUUUUUUGUUAAGCUUGUUUAUAUUUAUGGUCAAACGUUUACUUAGUUAAAGUGUACUAAACGUAUAUGAGUCCACAAGAAAAGAAUGUUAGUUGAUAUGAAGGCUAUACAAGAAAAAACCAUAUCACAAAAAUCUACAAAAAAAUGAAAUGAUUGAAAAAAUUUAUAUAAAUUAUAUUUUUAAAUUGCUUAUUAGUCUGCUCAAUUGGCAAGAAAUUGAACGGAUUAAUUCUAUUUUUCUAAUCGAUUAUUUGGCCCUUUGAUUACCAUAACCAAAACGCCCCCGCAGAGACGGCAAAAGUAAUUAAUUUUAAACAUUUUGUGAUAGACAAAAUUAUGUUUCGACGCAAAAUAAAUUUAGAAACAGAACCCCAUAACAUAACACAUAAAACAUAAAAUUAAAUGUGAUAUUUUUGGCACAAAACUUUACAAAAAAAAGUAACUAAAUACGAUGAUAUGUCUUAAGGGAGUAGCAACAUUUGGCUAAGGUUGCUGCCUUUUGCAUAUUUAUUUAGAGGAUUUUUGUUAUAGAACUAUUCAAAAUUGUUAUCUUUCGGUCCAAAGCACAAAAUGUAUAAAAUUACUUUCUAGUUAUUCUUUAAACUCUAUUUUACUUAACUUUAAAAUCUUUUUUGAUUUCCUAAUUUUAAAUUACGUGUAUGUGAGUGUGUAUAUAUCCAUUCGAAAAUAUGUACACACAGAGAUCAUAAUUUUAUUUUAUUUAGUUAUAAGGUAUAAGUUGAUUGAGUUGAGAAACUUAAAGCCAAUAAACUACCGCAAAAUUGAAAACAAGAAAGCAAAAAUAGCACAGAUGUUAAGGCAAACCACUACUACACACAGAUUUAUGUACCAAAAAUGUAAUAAAUAUGAAAUUAUAAACAAAAAACAAACGAAACCAAGCAGUCAGAAACGAUAAGCAAACUACUAGAGAAGCUAAAAGGAGCUAAAAGGAGUCUAGCUGGAUUUUUCUAACCUUUUUCCAUAAAUAAGCAUAAAUUGUAACCGAAAUAUUUUUAUACAUCCACUUGUAAUCGGCCGAUUGGAAGAAGAGCUACCAAAGAUUGGUUGAUAAAGGGUUGCUCUGUGGAAUCGGGUCUGGAAUAUAUAUAUCACAGAUUCCAAAUGAUCUACAAUCGUCACGCGCAAAUACAAAACAACAGUGAGUUGUAAUUUAUUUUUCCUCUACAGUUACAAACUCAAUUAAUCAAUAUACAAAUACAAAUGUUGCAGUGCAGUGGCCAAAUCGCGGCACACUGCGGCAAUGAAAAAUAUUAUUAACAGUUUUCGUCGUCUACCAGUUUAAAUAAAUCAAUCCAUUAGAUCUAUAUAUAUAUAUCAAGCAACAAAUAUAUAUAUUUCAAAUUUAUUCAAAUUAAAAUCAAAAUAUAAUUCACUAGCAGCAUUUAAAUGUCAAGCGAAGCAGCGAAUAAAACCAAAUAAAAUUUA